GAGGCUGGGUGGGACUUGGCUCGGUAGCCAUGGGCAAGCAGAACAGCAAGCUGCGGCCCGAGAUGCUGCAGGACCUGCGGGAGAACACGGAGUUUUCGGAGCUGGAGCUGCAGGAGUGGUACAAGGGCUUCCUCAAGGACUGUCCCACAGGCAUCCUCAACGUGGACGAGUUCAAGAAGAUCUACGCCAACUUCUUCCCCUACGGCGACGCCUCCAAGUUCGCCGAGCACGUCUUCCGCACCUUCGACACCAACAGCGACGGCACCAUCGACUUCCGGGAGUUCAUCAUCGCGCUGAGCGUGACCUCCCGCGGCCGCCUGGAGCAGAAGCUCAUGUGGGCCUUCAGCAUGUACGACCUGGAUGGCAACGGCUACAUCAGCCGGGAGGAGAUGCUGGAGAUCGUGCAGGCCAUUUACAAGAUGGUUUCGUCUGUGAUGAAGAUGCCAGAGGACGAGUCGACCCCGGAGAAGAGGACCGAGAAAAUCUUCCGCCAAAUGGACACAAACAAUGACGGCAAGCUGUCCCUGGAGGAGUUCAUCCGCGGGGCCAAGAGCGACCCGUCCAUCGUGCGCCUGCUGCAGUGCGACCCCAGCAGCGCCUCCCAGUUCUGAGCGCCGGCAGUCCGCGCCCCCUCCUCCCGGCUUCCUCCUCUUUGUGUCUGUCCAGGCUGGGGGCCAGGCUGGGGACCCGGUCCGCGGGCCUGCACCGUGAGGGGAGGCCCCAGCACGCACCGGAUAGCAACCCCCCCAACGUGAGAGACGGACGCAGGCUGCCUUGUCUGCCCCUGGGUCAGCGGCCCUUACCAAGGUCAACCGACCAGCUCCCCUCCCCCCUCAAGGCCGCUGGCCAGGCUCCCCUCUUGCCCGUCUCAGCCUGGGCAGUCUCAGGGAGCCGAGCGCAGGGGAGGUGGGCAGAGAGGGAUUCGGGGGUGUGCUUGAUACCUCCUCCCCUGCAGCAGGGCCUCACCCCUCCUGCCCCAGCUCCUGGAGGCCAGGAUGCCAAGGAGACGGCUGCCCCCAGGGCCCCAGCCCGCAGGCUGCAGGUCCCACCACCCCCGCCUGCCUCUCAGCACGGCCAGCCACACACAGCCCCGGGACCCUCUGUUUGUCGCCUCUCUCUUAUGCACACACAGACCCGCAGGCAGAUGGGCGCGUGCACCUUAGAGCGCCCCACAGCGUCCUGUGUGGGAAGCAGCACAGCCCCCCUCCCCCGCGAAGCCCCCACCCCAUGCAUGCAGCCACAUGGAGCAUCUCUGUUCUUUUUAAUAACUUCACAAUAAAGUCUCG